AUGCCGAUCACCACGAGAGCCGCCGCCGUCGCCGCUGCCGCCGCCGAAGCCGCUGUCGCCGCCGAAGCCGCUGCCGCUGCCGACGCCGCUGUCGCUGCCACCGCCGACGCCGCUGUCGCUGCCGGUAUCGAGGCCGCCGACGAUGCCGCUGGGCCUGCCGCUGCCGGUGCCGCCGCCGCUUCUGUCUCCGCCACGCCCACAGAAACCUCUUCCGCUGCCGUGAAGAAGGCCGGAGCAGAAGCUCUCACCACCGCUGCUGCCGUGUCACAGAAACCCCAGCCCGUCGCCGCGUCGUCACAGAAGUGCAAGUCGAAGAGUAGCAAGUCUGCGCGUGCGCUGCGAAUAGCUCGAGCCAAGGAAGAGAUGCUGAGAAUACAACUCGAGCUCGCCGCCGCACGCAUCGCCGUCUUGGAAGCAGAAAGUAGUGAAGACGAAGAUGAAGAGCAGUCGGAAUACGCGUCUGACAGUUGGAAGUACGUCCCAGCCGCAGCGAGUCAGCAACAGAAAAUCAACCUCUCCGAGCUGGCAUCUGCAAUAGCACUCACCGCGAAGGCCGGACAACGAGCUACACCACGCUACCACACGGAGUUACCGUACUUCGCUGGCUCUCAACACGAGUGGCUGUCAUUCCGUGCCGCCUAUUACGAAACAGCAGAGGACUUCACCGAGACUGAAAACGUGGCAAGACUACGACGAAGCCUGAGAGGGAGAGCCAAGGAAGCAGUCGAGAACCUGCUAAUAUUGAAUGCACGCGCCACAGACAUCAUGCGCACCCUGGAGUCUCGCUUCGGCCGCCCCGACUCCAUCGCCAUGUCCGAACUCGACCGCCUGCGUGCGCUGCCGCGCCUCACGGACAACCCGCGUGAUGUCUGCGUGUUCGCCAGCCGCGUGCUCAACGUAGUCGCCAGUCUGCGCGCUCUCGACCGCAUACACUACCUCUACAGCCCGGAGGCCACGAAGAUCACCAUAGAGAAGCUGACGCCCGUACUACGCUACCGAUGGUUCGACUACGCCGCCACUCAAACUACAGAAGAGCCGGACCUACUGAAGCUCUCCAGAUUUCUACAGAGAGAAGCCGACCUCUGCGGGCCCUACGCACAGCCAGAGACAGAACCCACAGAGCACAGUCAAAACAGAAUGCAGAGAGCUUACACUACAGCGGCCACAGUCAUAGAAAAAAUAGUAAAAUGCCGCCACUGCGCUACAGAAGGACAUCUCAUCAAUAAGUGUCCAGAGUUCCAAGAAACAGAUGUGAACUCGCGAUGGGAAAUAGCCAAAUCGCAGCGACUAUGUUUCCGAUGCCUUCGCUACAAGAGUAAAACCCACAGUUGCAAGCGAAUCCGCUGCGGAGAAGAUGGCUGCAAUUACUUCCAUCAUAGAUUGCUGCACUUCACAAGAUCAACAGAAACCGGACCGGAAACGAAGAAUAGCGUAACAGUAUCGUCGGUGUGGUCGCCGCGCAAAACACACGCGUACCUGAAGAUCUUACCUGUCAAGAUCGUCGGACCGGCGGGAGAGGUACACACGCACGCUCUGCUCGACGAUGGCUCUACCGUCACGCUCAUAGACGCGGCCAUAGCGAAACAGGCGGGCCUCACGGGCCCCAUCGAGCCGCUCAAAAUAGCCGCCAUCGCCGACACCAAGAUGAACGCCUGCCAUUCUCGCCGCGUCAAAGUGACUCUACAGGGAGAACGCACACAGUACAAGAUUAACGCACGGACUAUCGACAACAUACGACUCUCCGCGCAGACGGUGAAAUCUGAAGAUCUGCGAAAUUGUGCUCAUCUGCGUGACAUCGCACAGCAGCUGAAAUACGAAGCAGCAAGACCAAAGAUCCUCAUCGGUCAAGACAAUUGUCAUCUUCUCAUCGCGAGCGAGGUGCGACAAGGACAGCAAGAUGAACCCGUCGCCUCACACACGCCUCUAGGCUGGGUUCUUCACGGAGCGCACACGAGAACGGUGGACAAGAAAUACCAUAGAGUCAACCACCUGACUAAGCGUGAAGAUGACCUGCGUGAGCCACUCAUCGUGCCCACACGCCCCCACAGCAACUUAGAAGGACGCGCCACCAGUACUCUCGCCAAGUGUACAAAACAAACAGAAGCCUCACGUUCAUGUCGCCGUUACGCCGCCCGUCGCGACGCCUCAAUCGAAGAUCAUAGUACAGUCCACGACAGACGAUGGGCAUCGAAGAUGAACUGUAGUCCAGACUACAGCUACAGAUCAAUGCCACAAACGAAGACAACCGCCGCGCCACCGCAGCCGCCACCGCAGCCGCCGCCGCCGCCGCCGUCGCCGAGAACAACUAAUGAUAGAGCCUACAGGGAGCGACGAGCGAGCUGGCCAUCCUGCCCUCCGAGCCUGCGGAGCCAGACGUCCCUCACCGAGAUCUGCAAUGACGACCACGGCGUCAAUGCACGGCGGGAGUAA